AUGACUGAAGCUGAACUGUCCUCAUCUGUACUGGGGGAGAGGAGGAGCGAGGACCAUCCAUUGAGAACGUCCUCAAACAGACCAAAUGCCAUCUAUCGUUUCUUCAAUGCUUUAUUUCGGUAUAGAAAAACCUCACUUUCCUUGUUUGUCAUUAUCACUCUCGUGUUGGGAGUGGCCCUUUCCUUUGUUGAUAAUAACUUGGAAUUCUCGAUUGAUUUACCGAGUGACAAGCUGGAGCAGAAGUUACUCAAUGAGUCCUGGAUUGACUUGCAGACUAUUGCGCAAAGCCAACAUCCUUACGCAUCAAGAGGAAAUGAUGCAGUUCACCAGUACUUGGAGUCAAAAAUUCAGCAGAUUGUUCAUGGCAAUAAACAUAUUAUUUUUGAUAAUGAUUUGAAUGGCACAAACAAAUUCUUGUACAACACCAGCUUCAAAUCUGUGGCUUACUAUGAGUCAAACAAUCUAUUGGUGAAAAUAGAUGGAUCGGAUCAUCUGUUGCCGGCAUUCCUUCUAAGUGCUCACUUUGAUUCUGUCCCCACCAGCUUUGGAGUCACCGACGAUGGUAUGGGGGUUGCAAGCUUGCUUGCUGUUUUGCGGUAUUAUGCAACUCAAAAGCAACCCAAACGCACAAUUAUUUUCAACUUUAAUAACCAUGAAGAGUUUGGUUUAUACGGUGCUACUGCCUUUGUGAAUCAUCCCUGGUUUAAAAAAGUGAGAUAUUUCUUAAACUUGGAAGGGACUGGCGCUGGCGGUAAAGCGAUCCUAUUUAGAGGCACUGAUUAUGGAAUAGUAAAGUAUUUCAAGAAAGUCAGGUUCCCUUAUGCAUCCUCAAUCUUUCAACAGGGAUUUGCAAACUCCUUGAUCCACAGCGAGACGGAUUACAAAGUAUAUCGUGAAGCCGGUCUUCGAGGUCUUGAUUUGGCAUUUUUCAAACCACGAGAUUUGUAUCAUACAGAAGAGGACAAUAUCAAGAAUGUCAAUUUGAAGUCGUUGUGGCACAUGGCGUCCAAUGCAAUUGAUCUCACCAAUUUUAUAGCUGAGAACGAGAUUGACGAUACUGGUGACGACGAAGCUGCAAUUUACACUUCGGUACUAAACAACUUCUACUCAAUGCCAUCAUCCAAGUUGGCUGCUAUAAACACGGCUUUAAUUGUCAUAUUUGCAGUCAUUAACGGUGCCCUUGUUUUCACAACGCUAAAGUACAAGAAGUGGCACGCUUCAACCUCAGUCUUCUUGUAUCUCCCCAUUUCUACAGUGAUAGCGUGGAUAAUAGUUUCGUUGGUAGUUUCACGGACAUUUGAAGCUCUGAACCCACUUUUGCCAACCUCGCACCCAUUUUUGUUGGUGACAACCAUUGCUUCAAUAUCAUUGAUUGCCUUUUACCUAUUUUCUAGAUUGGUUAGCCAACACUUGGAUUUGAAACUAAUGUGCAUCUUGCAAUCGUCCUUUGUUUACUGGGUUCUCUUGAUAUACAGCACAAGGGGUAUUUUUAUCAACAAAAGUGAUCCGAGACAUAGUGGUGAGUUUGCCAUAUCCAUUUUGUUUUUGUUGGGAGCUAGUACGUCAUUCUUGGGGUUAUUGGGGUGGAUAUUUAGCAGGACUCGCACAGAAAAACUGUUUGAUGAACAGCCUCUCUUAGAUGGAGCUAGCAUAGAGCACUACACACUGGAUGAUGACGAAGUAGAUGAUGUACAAGGCGACGACUUUGUUAUGCAAGAAAGCGAAGAUAGCUACGACUGGUCCUUACAGUACUUAUUAACUGUUCCAAUAUCCUUCUUUGUUAUCUACAACUCCGGCUGGCUCAUUCUUCACGGUAUCAAUAAAACAGUACAGGAAUCAGCAGCGUCACAAAAGUUUGUCUAUUUUGUGAUUGAAGUAUUUUCCAUCGCGUUGGUUUUGCCGCUCAUUCCCUUUGUCCGUUACUUGAAUAGAUUAUUGGUUUUGGGAUUGUUUGCAGUUGCUUUAGUUGGCUCUCUUUUGGUGUUGAAUACUGACCCAUUCAAUGAACAGAAUCCUUUGAAAGUACGAUUUCUACAAACCGUCAAUGAAACUGGAAGUACGGUGCAUAUAUAUGGUCGAGGCAACGAAAUCCCCCAAUUUUUGGCGAGGAUUCCAUCAGUGGAAGAGUCGCAGACUGAGAUUAUCACUCUGGGUCAAGACGACGGCAUCAAACUUUACUCAUAUAAGACCGAGUUGCUUCCUCAUAUUAUCCCCUCCAAUACAUCCAAAGAGUAUCUUGAAGUGGAGGUGAAAAACUCCAGCAACGCUGGGUCGUUUGGCAUUAAUUUCAACGAGGUGGUCAUUAAAGCUCCCAAGAGCAGAUUGUGUAACAUUGCAUUUCCAGGCGACGAGGUAAAGGCAGUGUUGGUCAAAAACAACACCCAUCGUUUCCCUCCUUUCAAGCAAAUCCCAGAUGGAUUUUCACAUAACGUGGACUACAUAUACAAGGAUGUGGAUGGUAUUAAAAAGUUUUUCCUCAACAAGCUAGAUUGGAACAGUCAAUUUGAUAUUGGUAUCUACUGGUUGCCAGGCAUCAAUGACAAUUCGAACGUGUUGGACAUAAACGUUGAAUGCUUUUGGGCCGACUUGCAACCCAUAUCUGACGAAAGUGGUAUCCAACCUGCCAUUCCAGCAUAUGAGGAGUUGCUUCAAUAUAGUCCGCGGUAUGUGUCCAUCGCAAACAAGGACAGGGGGUUGGUAUCUGCAAAAGUCAAAAGCGAUAACCAUUUCGCCACGCAGGCACUUUACGUGGUUGGAAAAUUCUUGGUUUACUCACCAAAGUCAAAUCUACGAACUUUGUGCAGCAGGAAAGCUGGUACUGUUGCCGAUUCAUGGAAAUGGAAAACUUCAGAACUAUCACCACUGCAAAGGUACACAGUUGGGACAGUGCUUUAUUUCAAAAGCAGUUGA